CCCACAUUGCUCAGCCAUUUUUCAUUGCAAAGUUUGGAUGGUCGUGAAAAUGAAAAAAGUUACUGAGAAUUGAACCGAUGCCGAAUACAUUAUGAAGUUGGAUAUGCUAAAUUCAGAGAUUUGAUAUUGAAUUUAAACUUUUUUAUUUAGAUUAACGAAAAUGAGUCAAACUAAACGAGCAUGGAAACUUCAGGAGUUUGUUGCACAUGGCAGCACGGUCAACUGUGUUGCUUUGAGCAAGAAAUCCGGGCGAGUCAUAGUAACAGGGGGAGAAGACAGAAAGGUCAACUUAUGGAUAGUUGGCAAGCCAAACUGCUUAAUGAGUCUUUGUGGACACACAACUCCAGUGGAAUCGGUUCGAUUUGGACAUGAGGAGGAGAUGGUGGUAGCUGGUUCCAUGUCUGGAGCCUUGAAGGUGUGGGAUCUGGAACAAGCCAAAAUUAUGAGGACAUUAACAGGGCAUACAUCUAGUAUUAAGAGUCUGGACUUCCAUCCUUAUGGAGAUUACUGCACCUCUGGCUCUCUAGACUGUAACGUGAAGUUGUGGGACAUUAGGAAAAAAGGUUGCAUUUACACAUACAGGGGCCAUAAGAAUGGAGUCAAUUGUGUCAGGUUUAGCCCUGAUGGAAAAUGGAUUGCAUCAGCUGGAGAAGAUGGCCUUGUCAAGAUCUGGGAUAUCACAGCUGGUAAAAUCCUGACAGAUUUAACAUAUCACAAUGGACCAGUCAACAUAGUGGAAUAUCAUCCAAAUGAACUUUUACUGGCAUCUGGCAGCUCAGACAGGACAGUGAAGUUUUGGGAUUUAGAGAAUUUUAAUAUGGUGUCUACGACGGAUGGAGACUCGACCCCAGUGAGGAAUAUUUUAUUUCAUCCGGAGGGAACGUGUUUAUUCAGUGGCACAAAAGACUUGCUAAAAGUUUAUUCAUGGGAGCCAUCAAAAUGUUACGAUUCCAUUCCAGUCAAUUGGGGAGAAGUAGCAGAUAUAGCCAUAGGACAGAACCAGCUGAUUGGAACAUCUUUUUCACAGACCAAUGUUUCCACAUUUGUAGUAGAUCUGAAGAGGGUUCAGCCAUUUGGAGGAAUCCCACACCAAGAGGGUGGAUCCAAUUUUUCCAGUAAAAAUAUAGAUGAGGUUUUCACCGAUUUAAGUAUAUCUAAUUCCUCUGUAUCAGAGGGCCUAAAACACAGUCGAAAUAAAUUCAUCACCGAGAGGCCGCCCACUCAGUCCUCUAGACAAGCCAGUGUACCAAAAGAAGACAUCGAAGAACCGACACAAGACAAAGAAGACCAAGACAAUGACUCUUUCGAAAUCGCAAAUCCAGAAGAUUACCGACAAAUAUUCCGACCAAAAUCUCGACUCUCACAUUCCCCUACCAGGCAAAUAGAGCCUUUCCAACCACCUCCGGAAGAUGGUAUGUUCCCAACAAAACAUGUGUCCUCCCCUCGUAAUGUGAAUCGUCAGAUCUCCUCCGAUCGGAAAGGCUCAACAGAGCGUAAAUCUGCCACCCCGUUUCGAAAAAGUCAGUCCUCCAAAUCUGUCUCGGACGAUGGUGAUAUGGAACCAGUGAGGCAACCAGCACCAACCAGGUCCAACAAAACCAGUAAACCGGUCAAUAAACCGCCCAGUAAACCAGUUGUCAAGCCUUCUCCUCGACAACCAGAGGAGGACAAAUCGGGAAUAUCACCAGAGGAUUUCUUACCACAAAAGGCUGGCGGGAAUGAUGGCUACAGUUCGUAUGGUAGAGUGCCUUCUGAGAAUGAGACAUUAUCAACCUUGUUCAGUGGGCAUGAUGCCAUGGCCAGGGUUUUAGCACAUCGGAGCAAGAAUCUGCAGAUUGUACGGGCCAUGUGGACUUCAGGGAACACAAAAACAGCAGUUGAUUCGGCCAUUAGUAUGAAAGAUCCCUCUGUGAUAGUAGACCUUCUCAAUGUAUUGAACUUAAAAUCAGGCUUAUGGAGUUUAGAUCUUUGUUCAUGUUUGUUGCCUCAAGUACAAGAUUUAAUGGACAGCAAAUAUGACAGUUAUGUGACUGCAGCAUGUGAGGCACUGAAGAUCAUGUUGAGGAACUUUGGACCCGUGAUAAAGUCGAAUCUGACGGCCCCACCAAGUCAAGGGGUGGAUCUAUCCAGGGAAGAAAGGUAUCGCAAAUGUAGACAAUGUUAUGAAAACCUGUGUAACAUCCGGUCAAAGGUAGCUAGUAGAGGCGGAACGCCUGGAAAAUUAGGACAACUGCUGCGUGAAAUUCAAAUUCUAAUGGCAAGCAUGGACUGAAAAUGUAAGACUUGACAGAAUUCUAUGAUAUGUGUGUGACUCUAUGCUUAAAACUGAAUCUGGAGCAUCUUUCUCAAGCUGACAAGGGCUAAGGUGAUGACCUUCUAUUCGUCCAGGAUUAAAAAGGUCACCCACUAGGAAACAAUCUGUGAUCAUGAUGUGAUAUAUGACAAAGUGCUAUCCGCACAGAGUGAUUUCCCCUUUAUGCAGAUUUAUUUAUUGGUGAACAACUUAAGUGGAACAAAGAUGUUGCCUAACAUGUGCAUUGCAGGCACUGUCAACAAAAAUUUUUUGGUUCACUAUAAUAAAAUCUUGACCAAUCCCGACUUCCUUCUAUGAUGCUACUGAUGUAGGUAUUAUCUUUGAAAUGUAUUUUUGCCCUGUCAAAAUACUAAACUGCACAAUUGUUUUUU